AAAGGUCGAUGGAGCCAGCCAAUCAUUUGUUUCGUUCCUUCCUGCUCUGUUUUCUAAAAAGGUGGACAUAUUGAAUUUUCUUCCAAAUUAUUUCGCAGGCUCUACUGGCAAUAUUUGAUAGCCCUCUAACUAAGGCUGGGAGGUUACAAGAUGUUUAUGUAAUGUAAGGACUGAAAAGGGGGUGUUAUUUGAGGUCAAGCCGAAUGUUCGCUUGCUACGCACACCCAAACGUUUUUGUGGCUUGAUGUCACUGUUAUUGCAAAAGUUGAGCAUUACUGCUGUUGGGAAGCAUGAGAAGCUUCACCCGCAAAAACAAAAAGGGAAGCAUGAGAAGCUGCUUAAUCUUAUUAAAAAUCCUGUUACCCGGUAUCUACUUGUUGGCUCACGGAAGAUUGGCCUUUCAUAUAGCGCGGAUAAGUCAGUUAAACUGAAUGACUAUGUUGCCGAAUGCAGUGAUGAUGAAGCCCUUGUGUUUGUGGUUGGUGCCAUGGCUCAUGGAAAGAUUGACAAUGAAUACAUAGACGAGCACAUACGGAGACGAGGAGGUCGAGCAGUCAGUGGUGUCUUCGUCAUCGCCGGCUGCGCUGGUAUGUUGUUCUCUUUUCCCUGCUCCGCCGCCUAGGCCACUCCACCACCACGGGAUACGAGUAUGGCGUUGCCAUGGCUGGGUUGAGGAUGAUUAGUUUAUCCCCAACGCGUCGCCGUGUGUCCAUCCGACGAACAAGAGAGCU